GGAGUCGGCUCGACAGCGGCGAUGUUAGUGUGACGUCACCACGCAGCGUGCGCGUGUGAGGGCGGGUGAGCUUACGCGGUGACGUCACCACGCAGGGUGUGCGUGAAGGAUGGGCCAGCUUACGCGGUGACGUCACCACGCAAGUCCCCGUCCCCCCUCUCCCCUCACUUUAAAAUGGCGGGGCUCGCCUAGUUAGGAGGAAGGAGGCGGCUCGACAAGCGGCGAUGUUAGCGUGACGUCACCACGCAGCGUGCGCGUGUGAGGGCGGGUGAGCUUACGCGGUGACGUCACCACGCAGGGUGUGCGUGAGGGAUGGGCCAGCUUACGCGGUGACGUCACCACGCAAGUCCCCGUCCCCCCCCCCCUCCCCUCACUUUAAAAUGGCGGGGCUCGCCUAGUUAGGAGGAAGGAGGCGGCUCGACAAGCGGCGAUGUUAGCGCUCGGUCGGGAGCGUCCCGUGAUGGAGCCGCCCGUGAUGGAGGAGGUGGGGGAGGUGGUGGGCAGCCUCCAGGCGAUGGCCGAUGAUGACGAAGACAUCGACCAGUACAACGACGACACGUUCGGUGCCGGAGCCACCGACGAGGACUGGGAACCCUCCCAGGACUCCCCGUUGCUCUCUCUCCCCCCACUGUGCAACCACCCGCUGCACCACCACCACAACAACAACAACCACAACCACCACAACCACCCGCACCACCACCACCACCACCACCAUCCCUGCGACGACCCCUGGCCACAUGAGAGCUCCCUGCUGCUGCUGUUGCCCCCCUGCUCCUCGGCCGGGGGGGUCCCGCUGGGGGUGGGGUCCGCGGGGGAUGAGGGUGAGGGCGGCGAGGCGGAGGAGCGGACCGACGACUCUCUGGCGGAGAGCGACUUCGAGGACAGCAUCAGCAAGCUGGUGCUGGAGGACGACAUGGAGGACCCGGCGGUGAUACGGGCCGGGGUUCGCAGGCCUCUCACGGAGGACUCGGCGAUUGUGGAUAGCCUCUGCUCCAUGAGCAGUUGGAGGGGACUAAUGAAUAGGUCACUCACGCCCCCUCCCCCACUGCAGCCCAGCAUCUGGGGCUCCCCACCUGCCCACGUGAUGAGUCAGCUGACCCACAGCCUGCCCCCGUCACUCAUGGACCGCUCGCUGCUUCAUGCGAUGGAGUGUGGUGGUGGUGGUGGUGGUGGCGGUGGAGCUCCACCCCUCAUGGUGGAGGAGCUGGAGAGGAGUUUGGUGGGGGGCCCCCCACCACUGAGACAGCCCCAGGCCUUCGGGACCCCCCCCACGUACCCCCCACCACCACCGUCACUGCAGCAGCAGCUGCUGAUGCAGCAGCUACAGCAGCAGCAGCAGCAGCAUCAGCAGCAGCAGCACGUGCUGCGGGUGAUGCCACCACACCUCCGUAGGCAUCCGCAGCAGCACGCUGGGCUUGGAAUGCCCUACGGUGGUAGGGCCUCCCCCACACACGGCCUUGGUACACAGGGUUGUCAACUCUCUCCCCAGGCAUUCGCUCAGCUGCAGAGGAACGUCGCCCUGCUGAGGCCUGGCCAGGCGGGCCGCUUGAGUCCCAGCCACUUUGUCCGCCUGGGGCCCCCCCUGGGCCUGCCGGGCAGAGCCCUGGGCCCCCCCCCGCUGGGUGGGGGGGGUCCCCCCGCGCCGUCGCCUCUGCAGGCGCUGCCGCGGCCGCUCCCCCCGCCGCCAUUCUACGGCGGCCUCCACCGGCACGCCCAGCCGGGCCCUCCACCCGUACAGACACUCAGGUUUUCCAGGCCUCAGCCGGGCGAACUCCACCCUCAGCACCGGCGACUUCUCACUCAGAGGCAACAGAGGUGUGGCCAAGGGGUUGAGAAUGGCGGCGGCUUGGAACGUCGGCGCCACGGGCAGCUCAAGGAAGCCCCUGGCGACCGCAGUGACCCCUAUGCCAACCUCAUGACGCAGCGCGAGAAGGAUUGGGUCGUCAAGAUCCAGAUGAUGCAGCUGAACAACGGUGGCGGUGGUGGUGGCGGUGGUGGCGGUGGUGGCGGUGGUGGCGGGCUGAUGGAGAGGCUUGGCAGCUACCACGACUUCUACUAUCAGGCGUACUUUGAGAAGUUGGAGCGUCGUCUGUGGGCACGCAGCGUGGACUCUGAGCGGGAGCAUCGCGAGCCCCUGAGGCUCAACACUCCACAGCUGGCACGAGUGGAGCACACCUACACACCUGUGCAGUUUGAGGGCUCUCUGGGCAAGUUGACCGUCUCCAGCGUGAACAACCCUCGCCGCAUGAUUGACGCCGUCGCCACGGCAACGCGCCCCAGCGAUGACGAGGAUCUGAAGGAGAAACAGGGCAGAGACAAGAGGAGACACGUGCUGCACACGAUAGAGAACGCCUACUCGCUGCUCCUCUCCAUCGAGGACGUGGACCGCGUGAUGGCGAAGCUGUCCGGCGGUAGCCGUGGCGACGGUAUCCCUGGCGACGGUAACCGUGACGACCGCGCCGUCGCCGUGGAGAUGCGGCAGGCCAAGCUGCAGGCGCUGAUGGAGCUCCUGCAGGUCCACACCGUGGCGACGGACGCCGGGGACGAGAGGCCGUGGGAGGAGUUGGUGUCGCUUCUCUCGUCGGUUCGCAAGGGACGGCGUUUACUGGGCCGCAUGCUUACCCUGCUGCUCGCCACCACCACCGGCACCACCGGCACCACCACCACCACCACCGGCACCACCGGCACCACCGGCACCACCGCCGCCGCUGGCGCCCUGCUGGUGGCGCUGUGCCGCCAGGCACUGGCCCUGGAGCGCCGCGACGGCGCCGACGCGGCGCUCCCCACGGCCGUGGCCCCGGCCUGCGUGGCCGCGGCCGGGGCCCUGCCCCUGCCGCGGCUCGCCAGCGCCCUGCACGCCCUGCUGCACCAGCUGCACCAACACCAGCAGCAGCAGGGGCAGCAGCAGCAGGGGCAGCAGCAGGGGCAGCAGCAGGGGUUGGGGAGCUGCAAGUUUGCGCUAUCCCUGCUCUACGCGGUGCUGAGCUGUGGCGAGCAGAGAAUCUGCAGUGAGGACGGAGACAUCUCCAGCGCAGACCGUCUAGCCUGGACUGAGCUGGUGGCGGAGUCUGCGGUGGUGCUGGCCUCCGCGCCAGCCGCGGUGCACGCAGAGACGCCCACCCUCCCUGGCAGCGUCCCCCUUCCCUCUGGCCUGAAAGUCGCCGGCAGUCACUGAAGAGGAGGAGGAGGAGGAAGAGGAGGAGGAGGAGGAAGAGGAGGAGUGGGAGUGGCUCCAUGGAUGUGACACUCGGAGAUGGGGCUAGAGAGCUGCUGUGACCGCUUGUACAAUGGACACUUUUUACUGAUCCCUCGCACUCCCCCUCUCACUCACUCACUCUCUCCCUAACUCACUCUCCCUCUCUCUCACUCUCUCCCUAACUCACUCUCACUCUCUCCCUAACUCACUCCAUAACUCACACUCACU